CGCCCGGGAAGUUUCUUCUCGUCGUACUUGGCUUAGAAGCCGGUGAUACGAUUAGAUGGUUGGUCAGUACAAUGCUUGGACGGCUUGCCGUGAAUUCUAGUUGAGUUGUUUUAGAUCUCCGGGCUCAAGAACCUUCCCUGUUGGCAGCCCCGCACAGCAGAAAAGAAAGGACCAGAUGAGAAGGAGAGUCGUGGAAUCCGGUUGCCCCCACUCCGGAUGGCACAAAAAAGAAAGUUGUCCCAGGCUGAAUCUUCUGCAAAGCACCAGAAGCUUGAUAAAGACCACAAACAUCCUUCUGUUGCCACAAAAAAUGCAAAUGGCAAGUCAAAAACAUCUACGGCUAAUCAUGCUUCAAAUAAAAAGAUAAAUGCACUGAAACCCCAUGGGAAAGCAAAUACUCCCACAAAAAAAGCCAUAAAGCUGUCUCCACAGAAAAUUUUGCAAAAAACAAGAAAUGAGUUAAAAUCAGCCAAAACAUCCAAAGAAGGACCGACUUCAAGCAGAACUACCCAGGGGCCACUUUAUUCAGUUCAGGCUUCCAAAGCAUCAAAAAGGGGUAAAGCUGAUGUCGGUAAAAAAGCCAGUACUAGAGCAAAUGUGCAAAAGUCAAAAAAUAUAUCUAAUGUUGGAAAAAACCUAGUAAAGAACACAUCUUCAGCUAGGCUGAAAGUAUCUGCAUCUGGGAAGAACGAGGAAAGCAAAACAGGUACUAAAAGAAGCUCUAGACUCUUGGAACUGAAGCAUGGAAAAGCACAGAGCAAAGAACCACCAAAAAAUUCAAAAAAAGAUAUACAUAGUAGUUGUACAAAGACAGAACCCUUAAAGGGCAGAUCCCGCUUAGUGAGAAAGACAGCACAAAACAAAGGAAGCAAUAGUGAGCACCGGGGCAAUGCUGACAGAAAAUCUAUCCAACAAAUCCCUUCAAGUAAAAAAUCUGCUGUGAUUGGUAAGAAACAAGCACAAAUUCGCACAGUCACUCAUGCGCAGCCAAAGGAAAGCUCUAGCAAAAAACACAGUAAGCAGUUGCAAGCAACUAAGAAAUUAUCCCAGGCAAAGACCGCCAAUGGCAGGCAAUCUAAAAGAGCCCGUCCAUUGUCACCUGUUAAUAGGAAAAACAAAGGGACACAGGGACACCAAGGGCCAGGAAUAAAAACUGCUAUCAAAAGAAGCGAUUUAAGGACCGGAGUAAAAGGACCGAAUGAUGAAAAAAAACUCAAGGCAAUCCAAAAUGAUGGAAUGAUGGAAAUUCCGUUACAUCCAAACACAGAUGUAACGGAAAAUGAGGUGGAUACAUGCAGUCAUUCCUCUCCAAGUUUGAAAGACUCUGGUGCAUCUUUUUCUAAAAAGCCUUUAGAAAAAUCACAACGCCCAAAACAAAAAAGAUCCAGUAUAGUUGCCUCCGCAAAGAAAAAAUCACCCAGUGCUAAGCCUCCACAUAAAAAGCUCACCGUAAAGAGACAGAAAACUGGACAUUCAGGUACUGCAAAAAAUACAUCUGCCCCUACACUCCCAGAUGUCCCUACAGCUAAGAGGAUAAGUAUUCUGGAUUUAUGUAAUGAAAUAGCAGGAGAAAUUGAGUCUGAUACAGUGGAAGUGAAAAAAGACAUGCCAAGCUCUCAGGAUAUCCAGAAGGAAGAGCAUCCCAUUGUGGAGAACAAAGAGAGUGCACAACCUGAAGCUGUAAAUGUCUGUCAUACAGGAGAAAAAGAAGAGACUCAAUCCAAACGAUUCUUUUCAAGUAAAACAGUUGUAAGACUCAAAUGUAAGUUAGACAGAAAAAACAGUCCAGCGCCAAAAAACUCCAAAUGGAACAAAAUCAAACUUAAAAAAGCAAAUAACUUGUCUGGAAUGAAUGUACCAAAGAUUCAUGCUGUUCUUCCCAAUCUGGAUGUAAUAAAGGCAAGGUCAAAACUUACACAGACGGGCCAUUCAGUUACUGGUACAUCGGAUAAACCUUUGGAUAAAAAAUUACCUGCAGGUAUUAACUCAAAGUCUACUUUACCUGAUUUAAAAAAAUCUAAGUCUGCAGCAAUAAUUCAGAAAACCUCACAGGAAAAGGCAGAAAAUGGCUUGUUGGACAAGCACAUAAAUCAUGAUCUUGAAUUAACGUUUGAUGAGGGUUUCAAGUUGCAUUUAGAUUCCAGUCCAGAAAGUUCUCCAUUAAAGAAGCCUCCAAUGAAACCUCAGCAGUUAGAACCUGAGCAUAAGAAACCAGAUGUGAUUGCAUCUAAAGCAUGUGCUUCAAAGCAGCUGUUUAAUAGCUCACUAAGAGACCAGAUGGCACCAUCUGAUGAGGGGAGAAAUACAGUGACAAGCCAUGUGUCCUCUGCAAAAUCUACUUGUGUUCUCUCAGAAGUGAAUAUUCAAAAAGAAGUGAAGAAGCUGAAAGAAGCAGAGAAGGAUAGCAACAAACAAUCCAUUAUAGAUGCAGGUCAGAAACGGUUUGGAGCUAUAUCCUGUAAUGUUUGUGGAAUGCUAUAUACGGCAUCAAAUCCUGAGGAUGAAGCUCAGCAUCUGCUCUUUCAUAACCAGUUCAUCAGUGCUGUAAAAUAUGUGGGCUGGAAAAAGGAAAGGAUUGUUUCGGAAUACCCUGAUGGGAGGAUAAUCAUGGUAUUGCCAGACGACCCUAAAUAUGCACUGAAAAAGGUUGAUGAGAUUAGAGAAAUGGUUGAUAAUGACCUGGGUUUUCAGCAGGUUCCUCUAAGGCUCCAUUCCAGAACCAAGACUCUUCUGUUUAUUAGCAGUGACAAAAAAGUUGCUGGGUGUUUAAUAGCAGAACAUAUCCAGUGGGGUUACAGAGUAAUUGAUGAUUUAAUUCCUGAGGGUACAUCAGAGAAAGAAAAAGCACUUUCUGAGAGAGUGAAGGCAUGGUGCUGCUCAACAUCACCGGAACCAGCAAUCUGUGGCGUCAGUCGCAUUUGGGUCUUUUCAAUGAUGCGCCGAAAGAAAAUUGCAUCCAGAAUGCUUGAGUGUUUAAGAAAUAACUUCAUAUAUGGCUCCUUUCUGAAUAAAGAUGAAAUUGCAUUCUCAGAUCCGACUCCUGAUGGCAAACUCUUUGCAACUCGCUACUGUGGCACCAGUCAGUUCCUCGUGUACAACUUUAUCAGCGGCCACAGUUAAAUGGACUCCAUUGAAGGUCCCCUAACCAAUCAUCUGCCUGCGUCUCCGUGUAUCCUAGCAAAGAACUCAGGAUAUGAGCAGCUAUGUCGCUGUUCUGUUUUCAUAUAAACUGGGGGGGAAAACGACACUCUGGGGGGGAAAAAAAGCUUAAUUUUUUAAAGCAAAUAUUUUAUUAUCUUUUUUUCAAGAGAUACUGAAGUAUUUUCUAUAUAGUAUUCUAGUCAGGUUUACAUGCAACAACUGAUUUUGUUCAUAGUGGACUGAACUAAUUGUACAGAUGGAAGACAUUGUGAUGAGUGUGAGCUGAA